UGUCCGCAUUUAUUUAUUUAUUAUUAAGUGACCUUCACAGAGUCCAUAAAUUAACGUACUAACUGAUUUAAAAUAUUGUUAGCGUAGAAAGUGUUAAAAAGCUCAAUAAAACCUUUGUAUCAAAAAUAAAUGUUGGUUAAUGGUUGAUAAUAAAUGAUUCAUGUUCAUUUACGAUAAGUAUUACUGAAAAAUAGGGAAUAAGGUGCUAGUUCAACUUCUUUGAAUGGGAAUGGCAAAGGAAGGGUCGAAGGCCCAAAGAUUCCACCAAAAGUACAAAUUUGAAGAAUUGCGAAAUGAAGCAAGCAGCUGCUACGGAGUAUUUUUUAUUUAAUAUGGCGACUACACCCGAAACCGUAAUAUAUUAUACAGAACUUAAAAGGUUAGAUGUCACAAAAAUAGUCAACGCUAUGACCGUCUAUCCCCCAUACAGUAUUUCGCCCUCUUUAGAGAACAGAGAGUCAAAAAUACUAUUGACAAAACCCACACUGCAACUAUAGCUACUUCGCCUAUAAUAGGCGUCACCCCGGACACAUCCCACCAAAAUAAUAUCUCGUCAUUUAGUGUCUAGUCGUCUAGUGUCGACGUCUAGUCUAGUCCACACACAGGACUGCUGGACGAUGGAACCCUGAAGCUAAAAACAGGUUUUGUAAAUUUGACGGAUCUGUCUGACUGUAUUUUCAUAGCUACCGAACGGACUAAGCGCUUUCAAUAAAUUGAGUUUGAACCAAUUACUUUGAGUCAAGGCGUUUGAUCACAAUGUUUGAUCUUCUCGAGAGAGUUUUAAGACAUUCAAGUAUUUUUUAUAUGUGAUAAUGAUUCGUAAUGUUAAUACGAAGUGGUACCUCCUGUGAUGAAAACUUCUUCAAACCCUUAGACCGCCAUCAGACCGGUACUAAAAACUGAAAUCAAUUAUUAACCACAAUAGAGUUCUUUAAAAAUAGUUCUUAUUUCAAUACAAAGUAUAAGGCUUUGUUUACAAAAGAGCGACAAAGCCCACAUCCGUGAUAUACGCUAAUAGACAAGAGAACCUUGUCAAAGCAAACAAUUUAACACAAAUCACAUACAUAUUAAAUUUUAGAAUGUAAUAAGUAGUUGGCGGGAAUGACCGAUUGACCGAAUGACGGCCAUCUCAUCAGCAGGGUCAUUAUCUAAAUCAUUGCCUAAUAUUAACCGAACAAUUACCGAUAUCAUAUAAUUCCAUAGGUUAUUAAGUACGAUAAAACCUAUUAAAUUUUGCCGUAUAAUAGUGUCCGUUUGUAUGUUAUAUUAUGUGAUUAAUAGAGCCUUGGAGGUUCAGUUCGCGCGCGAUUCAUAUUCAUACAAGACGUUUACUUAAACUGUAUACGCUGUUACCUUUGCGUAUAAAAAUAACAUGAAUUAAAACGUGUACGGAUGGAAUAGGGUAAAGUUUUGACAGUAAUUUAGGCGCGAAACAAAUAUUAAUUUUAAGGUUAUGUUAAGUUUUAAUAAAUAGAAUGAUUGUUACCAAAAUGAGUGUGGACUUGUUUCUAGUUAUGUUUUGUUGUGUGGUCGUUGUGUUGUCACAAGGAACCGGUUCGGGAAAUGAUGGAAAUUUAAGGCUGUGCGUGGUGGAGGGUCGUGGGUUGUACAAGAGGGCGCCCACACAUUGCCCAAUACUGGACAAAGAGAAGGCGGGCAUUGAAUGCGUUUUGGGAACUGACAGAUUGGAUUGCCUCCGGCGGAUCAGUAAGGGGACUGUCGACUUCGGCGUGUUCAGUCCUGAGGACCUGGUGGCGGCGCAGUGGGCCGACAUAGACGUACUCGUCACCAACGAACUGAGGUUUCGGUCCAAACCGUUUGCCCGUAACAUAGUAGCGGUGGUCAACCGUCGCAUCCUGCCGGACAGCUCGUCUACUCUGAAUGCCGUGCUCAGGAACUCGACGCUGUGCCAUCCGGGGGAAACCAUGGACGACCUGAGGCCGCUCAGCGAGACUCUGUCAGGGUAUUUAGAGACUCUGGUGCUAGUGAGGUCCUGUGACCCGAAGCUGUCCAACACGGAGAACAAGCUGAGGGCCCUCGCCGACUUCUACUGGCAGGCCUGCAAGGCGGGACCCUGGGUGCCGGACAAGACACGGGAUGCGGAACUCAAGCGUCAGUAUCCCUCGCUGUGUGCGGCUUGCGCGGGCUCAUGCUCGGCUGGUGACCGCUACUGGGGCAACGCUGGCUCGCUCACCUGCCUCGCCGACGGCGUUGGUGACGUCACGUGGGGGGAAGCUGAUGACGUCGCUGCCUACUUUAAAAUCAAGGAUGGCACGUAUCUGGCUGGUUCCGAAAAUUUCGCGUAUCUCUGCAGGGAUGGAACAUGGCGGGAUCUCACGCAGGACCCGUGCGUGUGGCUGCGACGACCCUGGAACGUCAUAGUGGCUAAGAGGAAAGCAGCAGAGGCAGUGAGUCGCGUGGCGAAUUCUCUAAGCGAGAGCGGCGCGGUGGUGAGUGCGGGCUGGCGCGGCGCGCUGGCGGCGCUGCUGGAGGCGCGCCAGGCGCCCGCCGCCGCGCUGCAGCCGCCGCGAGGGCCGCUCGACUACCUGGCGGCCGCACACGGCUUCCGCGAGGCAUACAGCCAGGCCGCCUGCGACCCGCCCAGACACAUCGUGCUAUGUACAACAUCCCUGCUGGCGAAGAACAAGUGUGAGUGGUUGAGCGAGGCGGGCGCGGUGUACGGCGUGUCGCCGCCGCUGCAGUGCGCGCUGCGCGAGGACACGGCCGCGUGUCUGCGGGCUGUGAGUGCGGGCGACUGUGACGCCGCCACUGCUGAUAGUGACUGGCUGGUGCCUGCACUUAGAGACUACAACCUCACCGCAGUGUUACACGAAGUGACUCCGAUCGUCGAAAAAACAAACACAAUAAUAGCUUACGUCAACAGCGACUCGCAAAUAACCAAGAUGGCGGAUUUGCGCGGCAAACGGGCCGCGUUCCCGCGCUAUGACGGCGCCGCGUGGCAUUCAGUCCAGCAGUACAUUACACAACACGAGAAAAUAUCCUGCAAGGAGUAUUUAGAGUCUUAUUUCAAGGAGAUCUGUGCUCCCGGCUUGGAUGGAAAGAAAUGUUAUGAUGCGGGCGAAGCUGAGGCGUUGAAGUCGCUUGUUGAAGGCAAAAGCGACGUCGCGUUCAUUAGUAUGAAGACUUACAAUGCUUUUAAAGACAGUGGAGCACCGCUAUCAAAUGACAUGAAGAAAAUCGUCCCUCUCUGUCCGGAACAGAACCAGAAAUACUGUUUCGUCAGUUGGUCCAACUUAGGACACAUAUUUGCCGCCAACAAUAUAACACAAACCCGUAGACACGAACUCAUAAACGUAUUCACAAAGUUGGACCAAUUGUUUGGCAAACAUCCGCCCUUCCAGAACCCAAUGUUCUCAAUGUACGGGGCUUUUAACCAUGAAAAUGAAGUUAUUUUCCACAGUAAUACAAAGAGUUUGGCCACCAGUGCUGUUCUGAAGACGCAUCCAUAUGAUAAAAUACCGUAUAACCUCGAACUCAUAGUGUCCAAUAUGACAGACUUCACAUGUGAUUUUGGCGCGAAAAUUUCGCCGUCCAUGAUCAUGUUAGUUGCAUCUCUAGUCGUAUUUAUAAUCAACAGUUAAUGUUGCUAAGGUUAUGUGAUAUUAAAUAGGAAAUAAACUGUACAUUUUAAA